GUUCAGUAUUACAAUGAAAUUCAAGAAAAUAUUUAACAGAAAUAAACUAAAUUAUAAAAUGAGCAGGCGAAAUGUAAGAUUUUUGAAAAAUGUUAUUUGGAUUCUCCUUGUACUUUAUGCAAUUAACAAUCUCAGGUUAAAAAUCAAGCAGAAAAGAAGUUUAUCAGAGAAUAAAAAUAUCAUGGUUUGGAAUAAAUCAGUAGAAGAAUUAUUCCCUUACAAUGCACUGGAAAACAAGGGGUUCAGGUAUAUUGUAAAUGCAUUAAAUGUUGAGGACCAACCUACCAGUAGUACAAUUCAAGUCAAAUUUAAGAAAAUGAGAUCACUGCGAGAAAGAAAAGAAGAAGAAGCUGAGAGCACACCCGCCCCCCUAGGCCCUCUUCAAGGGUGUCCGAGCGAAAGUGUUCUAACAAUGGAAAGCAGUGGACAUAUUGGUUCUUUAAUGUCACAAUAUGCAGUUAUGUAUUCUAUUGCAAGGCGAGAUCAGAAAUAUGCUUUUAUACCUCAAACUUUACAUCAAGUUUUCAGAUCCUUAUUUCCUAAUAUAUCGACACCUUCUAUAUUUGACAUAGAACCUUGUAAUACCACAUUCCUCUCCAUAGGUCUGGAUGCGUAUGAGAAAAUGAAGGAGAAGAAUGAUCCAAGCUUCCGUUCUCUCAACUUUUGUAUAAAAAAUGGUCCAAACAGAGCUAAACUUUAUCAUGCGUAUAGAACAGAUCUACAGAGGCAAUUUUCUCCUCAAACUGGAGUUCUUGAAAACAAGAGACAACUUCUUGACGAAAUCAAAACCAGGAAAGAGAUAAAGGUUAUUGGUGUUUAUAUUGAUAUGGAAGACUAUGAACUUUUGAAGAAACAACAGAAAACUUUAAACUUGAAAUAUCUGAGUAAUUGUUUCUCCCACUUCCAAUCUGUGUUUUCUGAUCCUCUUUUUCUCAUUAGGUGCUCGAAUGCGGUUUGGUGCCAAACAACUCUAAAAAAAGAGUUAACUCAGACUCUCAAUGGAGCAAACAUUCAAUUUGUUGGAAGAGGAAAUCUUUGGAAUUUUCUGGAUGAUUUUGCCUUGAUGGUCCUUUGUGAUCAUAAUAUCUUGAUGAGAACACACUUUUCUUGGUGGAUUGGGUACUUAAACCAAAAUAAGGUUGAAAUUUAAAUCUGACGUAUUGCUCGAAAAAUCCUGAAUUCGCUCACAUUAAGAAACCACAUUUAAAAAUCAAUUUUCAAAGAGACGUGAAUAGCUCAUUCAUUCUUGAUUUGACAAAGCUUGUAAAGGUAGCAUUGUGAACCAGACAUACCAAUCCUUAAAUGCAGAGUCAAUCGAAAAUACGACUA